AUGGCUCCAGGUGCAAUCCACUCUCUACCCUCUAACGACCUCCGUUUGACCAACGGUACAAGGUAUGAGCAGGAAAUCGAUGUCAAGGCCAAAACCUCUCUUUGUACAGACCUCGAUGUUGGGAGCACAAGCAGGACUGGAAAGGACCCGGUCGAUAUUAUCAACUCCAUCAUUUGCUUCCGCAACACUGAAAAUCAGUUCUGGUGGGAGAGGACAGGAGGUCAACUAGCAGAGCUUCUCAAGUAUGCUGGGUACGAGAAGACAGAGCAGUACAACGAGCUACUGUUCUUCGCUUUGCACAUCGUCCCUGAACUCGGACCAGCCCCAGAAGCGAAUGGCCAUUUGCGAUGGCGUAGCCCUCAAACACCAGACGGCACCCCUUUGGACCUCAGCUGGGAAUGGGGACUCGACGGAAAAGGAGUGAUCCGCACUUCAUUUGAGCCGAUCGGGCCUCUUGCUGGAACGAAGGCAGACCCCUUCAAUCGCUUUGAAACCGACGUUUGGAUCCGUCAUCUCCAGAGUCAAGGUCUCGUGGCUGGGCUUGAUCUUGACUGGUACCACCACUUCACAAAUACCAUUCUACCAAGCAAGCUGGACCGUGUGAAGAUGACAGAAAAGCUCAAUUUCGAGCUCGCGCCCGUUGCUGGCACUUUUGUCACUCGAGACAUUGACAGGAACGGUCCGAUCAUCAAGAUGUACAUGUUUCCUGGUUUGAAGGCACAAGAGCUUGGUAUCUCUAACGCUGAGGUCGUCUUCCGAGCAGUUCAGAGUCUGCCCGCAGAUCAGUAUACAUCGCUGAACUUUGAACCCCUGCAUGAGUAUCUUCGCGAGGCUGACAGGAAGUGGGGAAUGGAGAUUGGAAUUUUCUCGUUCGAUCUCAUCUCGCCACAGAAGUCGAGGAUCAAGAUCUAUACACGGGCACCGAACACGACCGUCGAGUAUCUUAUGGACGCACUCACCCUCGGAGGUCGGUACGAUCUAUCUAUGUACAGCGCAGAAGCCAUCCAGGACGUGAAAGACUUUUGGAAAAUCUUCAUCGGCGACGCGCCAGACGUACUGUCCCAAAGCGGAGCAGAGCGCGCUGGCCCGGGCUUCUACUUCACUGCUAAGGCUGGCAAGCCGACAACACCCAAGGUGUACAUCUCGCCUGCUUCCUUUUGUCAAAACGAUGCGGAAGUGCUGGCGCGGCUGCGACAUUACUUCUCCACCAGGCGGGAUGCGGCGCAGAUGCUGCCACAAAUGGACAACUACGAAAAAGCAUUGAGAUCGAUAUACGGAACAAACUUCUUGGAGAAUACUUGCGACAUCCACUUCUAUGUCAGCUGCGCAUUACAGAAGGAUCAGCUGAGGGUCGUCACGUAUCUAUGCCCGCAGACUCUGGCUCGUGAAGCAGAAUUACGAAAACUGUAG